UGUUUUACGAGAGUAAGCCAUUCUGCUUUCAUUUGUGAGCACUUGUUAGAGUUAAUUAACAUGAAGGAUGACCGAACCAGAAGUUUUCUUCAUCUGGGGCUCGGAGUUUUGUGUAAGAAGCGAACUAUCCUGUUCAUCUUGUUCUGUGCGCUCGUUAUUUACGUCACUGCUGUCUCAUAUUACCUGUCACGAAAAAUCUCAAUGGCAAGCAGUGAAACAAUUGUCGUCAUUCAUGAGUCAUAUCAAUACAUGACAAGCGCCACUGAGAAGUCCACAGUUAACAGUGCUGUUGUCAACCAAAAUCUCUUCAUGUUUCCCAUCAAUCCUUUGUACGCCUGCGCACCAGAUGGCCAGGAAGUGAGAAUUAUCGUAACCGUGUGUAGCGCUGCGUGGAAUUUUGAGGCCAGACAGGCUCUGAGGAGUACCUGGUUUUCGCGUCGAACAAUUCAACCACUGAACGCCUCGGUUGUUUUUGUUCUGGGCGCAGUGAACUCUUCGCAGAUACAAGCUAAGAUACUUCGAGAAAGUCGGAUACAUCACGAUAUUAUCCAAUCAGAUUUUAUGGACAGCUACCGGAAUCUAUCUCUGAAGACGACUGCCAUGUUAAAAUGGGUGAAGAAGUUUUGCCCCGGCGUCCAGUACGUUCUUAAAACAGACGACGAUACCCUGACCAAUCUGGAAAAGUUAGUCGCUGUGUUGGACAAAAUACAUAUUCCACGAAUCAUCCUCGGGCAUGUCAUCGUUGGAGCAGUUCCAUAUAGGGAUAAUAUCUCGAAAUGGCUCGUAACUCAGGAGGAGUAUUCUGAAACGUAUUAUCCUAAAUUUUGUUCAGGAUCUGGAUACGUUUUAUCACGUGAUCUCAUUGACGACCUAUACACAGCAACAUUGUAUACCAAAAUGUUUUUUCUGGAAGAUGUGUUUGUAACGGGAAUAUGUGCUCAACACAUCCGAGCAACUCAUCUUCAUUCGGUUGGGUUCAAAUAUGAAAAAAAAAGUAUAACCAUCGAUUGUCAACUAGCUGAAGUCGUCACCGCACAUUACAUAUCCCCAAGAGACUUAUACGCCUAUUGGCAUGCCUUACAAAACCUGAAAGGGCAAACGUGUGCGGACUUUGCAUCUGUACUCUACAUUUAUCUACCUACCGGAAUCAUAUUAUAUGUGACCAUUGUUUGCUCGAUAUGUAAACAAGCUUUUAUAUGGGCUAAAAAGAAAAUCGGGCAACGUUUACAUGUGUAAAAUAUACUUGCUCUGUCUGAAGGUGGUUAAAUUUGAGAGGAAAUAUCUUAUUAG